AUGGUGUCGACAGAGUUGUGUCGCAACUUCGUUUUUCGCGGCCGUUGUGGCUACGCCUCCUGCUGCUUCUUGCACGAUGAGGCUGCGAGGCAGCAGGUGAAACCACCUGCAGCGGAGCCGCCAAACAAGUCGGUGGCAACCAGUAGCCUUUGGCGAGCAGAGGAAACCAUGCCGGAUGCCAGCGCCAACAAAAUGCCGGCCAGCAUCCGCUACUUGUUGGACGGCGAGUCCGUGCAGCGAAAUCCCUAUUUGAAGGAGUUUUCGGGUGCUCCUUGGCUGCCGCGGCUUCUGGCUGCGCCUGCAUGCAGUCGCCUCUUCAACGUGCAGGGGAAACGUUUGCGAAAAGAACUGACCGAGGCCUUCGGCCUGUUGCACGCUUGCAAGAGAGCCUUGAAGAAGCUUCAGGAAAGCCUUGAAUCUACACACGAUGAAGGACGUGGCGUGACCAUUGUGGACUUGUGCUGUGGAAAGGGCUUCAGCAGCUUAGUCUUGGCAUGCUCCAUGCCGCAAGCCAACGUCCUGGCAGUGGACCGCAACGCCAAGAUGGACCUCUCGCACUUCAAUGUUUGCGAGAACCUGCGGUUUCAGCAUAUGGACCUGGAAUCCCCCAAGCUGGCUACAGAUCUUGCUGCUACUUUGGAUGGGUCUUCGUUGGUUUUGCUGGUUGGAGUGCACCUUUGUGGUAUGUUGUCCAUCUAUGCAACUCGACUCUUCAAGCAGAUGACCUGCCCAUCGGCCCUUAUCCUGGCCCCGUGCUGUUUGGACAAGCGGCUGCCAGGUAUCAAGGAACGGGCCAGACGUCUACGGUUGAAUCCAUACACCUACUGGUGCCUGACAUUGCUGAUGGAGGAGCUUCCCAUUUGCAGGCGAGAGCUGCUGCAAGAUGAUGACGUCUGGUCGGAGCGGAACUCUUUUAUUCUGGGCGUGAAAAGCGGCUGA